CCACGACGAGGCUGUGCAGUGAUGGGAGGUCAGGUACCUGCCGGGGAGCAAGAGGCUCUCUCCUCGAGAUGGCUGCCUUCUUCUCCAACCUGGUUCAGUUCCGGGGACUGUAUCAAAUGAUCUUAGUGCUGGGAAUUGGUGGUAGCUUCCCAUAUGGAUUCCACAUUUCUGUAAUCAACUAUCCUUCUGUGCACAUCAGGAAGUUUAUUAACGAAACGUGGAUCGAGCGACACGGCUCCCCCCUCCAUCCCGAGACAAUCAUGCUGCUGUGGUCCUUCAUCGUGUCUGUUUAUGGGAUAGGAGGGCUCCUGGGGUCCCUCUUCUGUACCUACGUGACUACAAAAUACAGGAAAAAAAAGUGCCAAAUAUUCACCAACCUGAUCAUGCUGGCAGCUGCACUUUUCAUGGCCUUCAGUAAAACAGCCAAAUCCUUUGAGAUGAUUCUGGUCGGGCGCCUUCUCUACGGCAUUGGUUCAGGUUUUUCUAUGUAUAUACAUCCUCAGUAUGUAGGAGAGAUUUCACCCAAGAAGCUGCGUGGAUUUGCCAACUCCACCGUUUCUGUUUUUCUGACCCUGGGAAAACUCACAGGACAGGUCGUUGGACUACGGGAGAUUUUAGGAAGCGAAGCUAUGUGGCCAUGGUUGUUAGCAUCUAGUGGACUUUCAGCAUUGGUUCAACUGGUUACCCUCCCAUUUUUCCCUGAUUCACCAUCCUACCUCCUGAUACAGAAGGGUAAUGAGGAAGCCUGCAGGAAAGCCAUCAGGAAGCUCUGGGGGGAAGGAGACCACCAAGCAGAAAUCGAUGACAUUAUGAAGGAGAAGGGUGCAAUGGGGAGCACGAAAACCUUGCGUGUCCUCGAAGUGAUCAAAGAGCCAUCUUUGCGCUGGCAGCUUUACUUCAUGAUGACUGUUAUGACCACCCUGCAGCUCAGUGGAAUCAAUGCAAUAUACUUCUACUCUUUUGAAGUGUUCCACACAGCCAAGUUUGAAGAAUACCUUAUCCCAUAUGCAUCCCUGGGAAUUGGGUUGUGUGAAUGCUUAUCCUCUAUACUGUGUAGCAGCCUCAUAGACCGGUUUGGGAGGAAGGUGCUGCUUUGGACAGGAUACACACUGAUGAGUUCUGUGCUAGCACUGCUUACCAUGACCCUGUCCCUGCAGCAUCGUUUUUUCUGGAUGCAUUACUUCAGCAUUAUCUUGAUCUUCCUGUUCGUUGUCUUCUAUGGAAGUGGACCAUCUGGAGCCUCUGUAGCUGUCAUGGUUGAAAUCUUCAGCCAGUCAUACAGACCAUCAGCCUUUCUGAUCAUUGGCUGUAUCAACUGGAUGGGACUGUUCGUACUUGGGGUGAUUUUUCCACUGCUUGUUGAUAACCUUGGACCCUUCUGCUUCCUCAUCUUUUUGGCAAUUCUUGCUUUAUCAGCAAUUUUCAUUUACCUAUAUCUUCCUGAGACCAAGGGAAAGUCAAUCAUGGAAAUAAAAGCAGAGUUCAACAAACUAAACUUUGGGAAAAAAGAAACCUCCUUCACCGAAAAUAACUUUCCUAAGGAACAGUUGGCUUGCACGAAGCUCUGAGUGUUCAGAGGAGAAAUUUGCAUCUCUUAGAAAAGACAGGAAACAAUGUUGCAAUAGAACUAAAAAGGAAACAUUAAAACCAGACUGCAAGA